UCUGUAGUGCCAGGAAAAUGGCAUCUUCAGUUGGUGAGGGUGACAAAUAUCGGUCUCAUUUGGAUGGAGAGGAGGAGAAGAACACUGAAUGGAGAUAUGGGGCUCCUCCUAACUAUGAGGUUGUGAACAAGCUCUUUGAAGAAGGCAGGACUAAGAUAUGGCCUGCUGGAUCACUCGAAGAAAAAGUGCAGAAUCUUGUGAAGACAUGGGAAAUGGAGAUGUUCCAUAAGGUCAAUUUGGAUGACUACAAAACGACUGAUCCCAAAAAAUAUACUUUCAACCUGAAUGGGAGGGAACCUAUGAACUAUGAAGAGAUCAUGAAAAAUGGAGGCUAUAAUCCACUGCUACAAACCUCCUUGCCUGAGAAUCUCCGGGUCUAUAACCCAGCUGAUGAAACUGCACAGUCAUCUCACCUGGCUUUCACCACAACCUUUCCACGAGGUUUUGCACUGGAGAUUCUCCAUGUCUAUUCUGGGCCACCGGUGAUUAAAGGACAUGCACCCACUGGAGAAAUGGUAGAAUUCUUUGGGAUGGCAGUCCUUGAGUUGGAUGAACGUAUGAAAAUUGUUAAGGUGGAGUUCUUUUACGACUCUGGUGAUCUGCUUGGAGGUCUUGUGAAGGGUCCUACCCUGGAUAGCACUGCAGAUGGGGCGUCAGCAGGCUGCCCUGUUCUGAGGAACACAGGGUAGCAUUACAACAAAUUUGUUAUGUGUGAUGUUUCUGCAGUAUGGGGUUGAAAUUAAGAGUACAGUUUCACAAACAAUAGGCAGCUAAAGAUCUUUAAGAACUUUGGUUUCUUAAAAUUCCCUUUUUAUGCUAGAAGUGCAGAUCUCUUGCUGGCUGCAUGUUCUAAUAUCUGUGUGUGCUCUGUGGAAGAAGACAUAAAUGUAUUUGCUCUUGUUCUAGAGAAAAAUAUGAAUCUGUUUGACCGAAUCCUUUAAUCUUUGUUUAAUGGUUCUCCCACCAAUUCAAUGUAGGAUGAUUGAUUUGGGCAUUGAGCUUGUGUAUGUUCCAACCCUCCGACUAUGUCAAAAGCCGAAAACUUUGUAUGAUGAAUUAUAGACCACUACUCAUAGUACUACUCCAAUACAUAUUUUACAUGUUCA